AUGCUAAUAUAUGUAGCGAAGCCAGAAGCGAUUGGAAGAAAGAUGCUAACUCAACAAGCGAUGAGGUACCUCGUGGAGCACCUCCCGCGUAUCGAUACCAUCACAGUCAUUGUUGAAAGCAAUGGUUUGUGUAGCGCUCGAAAUUUGAAAUCUCAGAGUGUGGAAAUAGUUGACGAAAACGGGUCAUCUUGCAAAUUAGAGUUACCUCAUCGCAUACAGAUCAAUAGUGGCAGAAAAGGGCUUCAGAUCAGUGGUCCUGGUUGCCAAACACUGCGUCUCAGAGCUCUCAAAGGAGCGGACACUGAGAACAUAAGCAAUAACCGCUCUGUUAAUGACGCCAUGAUGCUUUUACCUCAGAAGUGGAUGCGUAGCGAUCUCCAGGACAGCAGAAAAUUUGAGAUCCACUGCGCUGGUUGCCACUAUUCUUUAAUAAGUGAUGAAGACUGCAGUAAGAUUAGCGAUUUACCCUCUGAAUUUUGGACGGAACUCAUGGAUUACUGGCAUUGCCAUAAGCCAACUACCACCGAUGAUGCCAAGAUCGACCGUUAUUCAAGACUGCAACCGCUGGCGGAUGAACUACUGGUGGGAUCAUCGCAAUUUCAGGUGAGUGAAAAAUGGGGUACCGGAAAACUGGAUUUUGGUGGCGCUUAUACUCGGUGCGCCAAAUGUCAUCGAAUUUUGGGGUCUGCAACUAAAGAUUCCAAUUUGUACAGCAUCAAUAAGUGGACAGUACAGCUGGUGAAAAAUGGUAUCACUGACAAUUUUUCAUCCGAGCUGCACGUCGUGUCGACUCUGCUCAACAAUCUAAAUUGCAACGGGACCCGCAUAGUGAAUUUGAAAAGUCCUGACGGCGAUUGCCAUCUGUUGGUCUGGAUUUUUGUAGUGAAUGUCAAUGUCACUAUCAAAAACAAUCAAAUUAUGACCAAUUGCAUUAAGAUAUAUUACAAAACAGGAUCUGAAUCCGAGCAGCCAUCUGCAGGCCCAAAUCAGAAUAUAGAUCAGGUAUCAAUUGAUGGCCCUGUCCUCAAAGACUUGAUUGAGAAGCUUGAUUCCAUCAACGGAGAUUUGCCCAGUAAUGCGCGAAUGAUGAACUCUUGGAAGUUGGGAUACUUGAGUCCGAUGUAG